UUGCUUUCCUUUGGUGAUUCCUGAAUUAAACAAAUUGAAAGGAUGAGCGAACUGGAACAGCUGCGGCAGGAAGCGGAGCAGCUACGGAAUCAGAUCCAGGAUGCUAGGAAAGCGUGUAAUGAUGCAACACUUGUUCAGAUCACAUCAAAUAUGGACUCUGUGGGCCGAAUACAGAUGCGGACAAGGCGUACGCUGAGGGGCCACCUGGCCAAAAUCUACGCAAUGCAUUGGGGAUAUGAUUCCAGGCUACUAGUCAGUGCUUCCCAAGAUGGAAAAUUAAUUAUAUGGGAUAGCUAUACAACAAAUAAGAUGCAUGCGAUUCCUUUGAGGUCCUCCUGGGUGAUGACCUGUGCUUAUGCCCCAUCUGGUAACUACGUUGCUUGUGGAGGCCUGGACAACAUCUGCUCUAUCUAUAAUUUAAAAACCAGAGAGGGGAAUGUGAGAGUGAGCCGAGAGUUGCCGGGUCACACAGGCUACUUGUCCUGCUGUCGCUUUUUAGAUGACAGCCAAAUUGUCACAAGUUCAGGAGAUACAACCUGUGCUUUAUGGGACAUCGAAACUGCCCAGCAGACCACCACAUUCACUGGGCAUUCCGGAGAUGUGAUGAGUCUUUCCCUGAGUCCUGACAUGCGGACUUUCGUCUCUGGUGCUUGUGACGCCUCUUCCAAGUUGUGGGAUAUCCGCGACGGGAUGUGCAGGCAGUCCUUCACCGGCCACGUCUCAGACAUCAACGCUGUCAGCUUUUUCCCGAAUGGAUACGCCUUUGCCACUGGCUCUGAUGAUGCUACUUGCCGGCUCUUCGACCUCCGUGCAGACCAAGAAUUGUUACUGUAUUCUCACGACAACAUAAUCUGUGGGAUCACUUCCGUAGCUUUCUCGAAAAGUGGGCGCCUCCUGCUAGCUGGUUAUGAUGAUUUCAACUGCAAUGUCUGGGACACGCUGAAAGGAGAUCGUGCAGGUGUCCUUGCUGGUCAUGACAACCGAGUCAGCUGUUUAGGUAUAACUGAUGAUGGCAUGGCUGUGGCAACAGGCUCUUGGGACAGUUUUCUUAGGGUCUGGAAUUAACAGUGUCAUGUGUUUUUUCUGUUCUCCAUCAAUAUCUGGAGAAAUCAAUGCUACAGCCUAUAGCUGUGAAAACAAAUUCUACCUUAUAUUUGCAGGUGAAGAUUUUUUUUAUUACUGUAUUCAAUACAAAAAGCUUUCAGUAAACUACAAAAAGGUGAGAAAAUAAGGCAGAGCCUGCCGAGAUCAAAAGGACCAAUGUAUUCAUUAAUUUGAGAAGUUAGUGUAAUUUAACCUUGAUAAAUUCUUGGUUGUACUGUGUUGUUUUUUGUAGAUCAGAAUGUAUACUUUAUAGCAGUUGCCCAUGGUGUUUGCUUUUUGUGAAGAACUACAUCUUAAAUUUUGAAUAUGUAAAAAAUGCCCUGUCUUUGCGUUUUGUAAUGCAAGAAUCAGGCCUUGUAA